CCUUUAACCACAAAAUCCAAAAUGGUUGGAAGAUAAUAGCUCUGCGCGAGCACUGCGCUCGUGUGACUUUUGAUAGACAUUGUAAUUAAUACUUGCCAGCUCCCACCGGUCCUCCCAUAUGGACUCCCGACGUGUCUCGCCAUGGACGAGUGCCAUACUAAUCCUGCUGGUUUGGUCGACUGUUUGCUCCGCCGUCGCAAGCGGAGAUGGGCCUGUGAAAUCAGUCGCGAAGGGAUGGUCAUAUAAUGAUGCUAUACCGCUGAGUUGCUUGAACCGGAAAAUAGAGAGUGGGGAACAUAUCACGGACGAGAAUGGCCAACUGCAAUAUAUCCCCUUCCAUAUCUGCAAGGAGACCGGUCGACCCCUCGAACUCCUCUAUGGAGUUGAUACCACAAUCAACUGUACCCUCGACUUCAUCUCCGACUCCCUCUUCCACCUCCUCGAAUUCUACGUCCACAACGACGCUCCUCUAACCUGCCGUCUCCCCACCCGGCCGCUUCCCUCCCUCUCUCCACCCUCCUCCACCGACAAAGGCGUCCCCGACUCCGGCCCCCACGACCUGCCCCCACCCCCCGACUCUGCCUCCCGCCCCAACACUGGCAUCGGCGCCGACGACCCUCUCUACACACCCCUCCUCGUUGCCCUCACCGGCACCCUCCAACUCUCCCACCUGCAUGUCUCCAACCACCUCAACCUCAUCGUGCACACCGCCCACGGUGCCCUCUCCCCCUCCACCUCUCCCCCUCCCAACACCAACACCCCGCAACGACGAAAGGGUGCGAAAGACGGCCUCAUCACCGCCGCGACCGCGUACUCCAGCCCCCCAUUCCCGCACACCGAUUCCAGCAACGCGAAGCUCGUGAUCGGCGACGAGCUCACGCUGCGGUUUACGGUACGGUGGUAUGGCGGAGCGCUGCCGGUGGACGGGGCGUCCGGGACGAGGGUUUCAUGGGCGGGCUGUUUGUAUUAUUUGGCGGUAGGGGCCGGGUUUGGGGGAGGGGUGGUGUUUGCGUGGUUGAGGAGGGGGAAGAGGGCGGGACCGAUUUUGGCGAUGUAUGGGGGUGGGGGGAGUGGGAAGCGGGAUUAG